AUGACAGGUCUUGGAUCACCUUGUGGAGCCUGCAAGUUCUUGAGGAGGAAGUGUGUUAAGGGUUGUGUAUUUGCUCCAUAUUUCUGUCAUGAACAAGGUGCUGCCCAUUUCGCUGCAAUCCACAAGGUGUUUGGAGCAAGCAAUGUUUCAAAGCUCCUAGCACACCUCCCAGUCACUGAUCGUUGUGAAGCCGCCGUCACAAUCUCUUAUGAAGCACAAGCAAGGCUUCAAGAUCCCAUAUAUGGCUGUGUUUCUUACAUUUUCGCGCUACAAGAACAGGUUGUCAAUCUACAGGCACAACUGGCAUCUCUCAAGGAACAAGCAGCCCAAGGCCUAGUCAGUGGCUCUACAACUUCAGGUCCCCAGGAUGUGCAAGGAUUGUUUCAUUCAGAGGAAUCAAAGAUGCAAUUCCAUCAAAAUCCAACCAUCCAUGAUGAAACAAUGUUGAACUACAACAGUGGUUUCAUGGAUCCCAACUCUUUGGGUAACCAUCAUUACAAUCCUGUCAUGCCUGAUCAAGAGAACCUCUCAUUUACUGGUUUUGAAGAUCCAUCUCAUGCCAUGGCUUCUCUUGACAUGCAAAACAACACUAGGAAAUGGGCUUUCCACGACAUGGAAGAUCUACAGUCAGUGGCCUUCUCCUAUCUUCAUCGCUCAUGA